CACGUUACGAGCAUUUGGCUCGACCAAGCAUGGCAGGGUUGGUGUAAAAUGCCACCAACCAAAACACGGGAUUAACGCAGAUUGCACCUUUGAUUGGCUAUUGGAGAGGUUUACGGAACAUAUUAUAUACUGUGGACGUCCAUGGGCGGGGCAUAACAAAAAGUAAUGGCCAUUUAUUUAGGGUCUGGCAAGACAGCGGAUUUCACAGUUAUUCUAUAGAAUUCGCCGUUUGUAGAGCAUGACAAAAAGGUAAAUACCGUAAUCAUUAUUACUAGGCGUUUUCGUUCAUAGCAGUCGCGUUCUGUCUGAAUACAAUUGAUACAUCGCCUGAAACUGAUUGCGCAAUUAGGGUUAACCAGCCCUACACGCUAACGAUCAGUAUCAGCUCUAGAGCCAGCAUUUAGAGCCUUCGUUUGGGCGUGAUAGUUUUGACAUUUCGAGUCGAUCACGUACGGGUCUUUGUAAUACGCAGUUAUUACACAGUAUCGAACAUAUUUACUGCAAUUCAACAUGGAGAGGAUUUUUUUUCUGUAGAUAUUGACGCCGAAAAACGGACUAAGGGCAACUUGGUCUUGGGAAAAGUUGUACACAGGUAUGAAACUCGCAUGCAGAGAAGGAACGUGAAAGCUACAACUAUUCUGCUGCUCGAGCUCAAAAUUAACGCAGUGUUAAAGGAUGUCAGUGUACCAAAAUAAUCUUUACAAUCCAACCAUUGCAGGCAUGCUGCUCAAAUUAUUGUCUUACAUUUUCUUUACAGAGAUACAAAUUGUAUUAUUCAAGCAACCAAACUGUCUGAAACAAAGUCUGAAUUGAUUAAGCCAAUUUCUACUUUUUCAGGAUUAGAGAUAUAUAAAUGGUUAAGAGAGUUGUCAAGUCUUUAUCCUCCAUCUACAAACAACGGCAUGCCACAAUCUCAGUGAUGGAAAAUACGGCUGUGAGUACCUCCACUCUGGCCAAUGAGGAGUUUGACAGAAACGUACCGCGGAUCUGCGGUGUGUGUGGGGACAAGGCCACCGGUUUCCACUUCAAUGCCAUGACCUGCGAGGGCUGCAAGGGUUUCUUCAGACGCAGUAUGAAGCGUAAGGCUAGCUUCACAUGCCCCUUCAACGGCAGUUGCACCAUCACCAAGGACAACCGCCGCCACUGCCAGGCCUGCCGGCUCAAACGCUGCGUGGACAUCGGAAUGAUGAAGGAGUUCAUUCUGACAGAUGAGGAGGUGCAGCGGAAGAAAGAUCUGAUCCAACGGAGGAAGGAUGAGGAGGCGCAGCGGGAGGCGCAAAGGGAGGCGCAGCGACCCCGUCUGAGCGAGGACCAGAGCCAGGUCAUCGCCACACUGGUGGAGGCACACCACAAGACCUACGACGACUCCUACUCCGACUUCAACCGCUUCAGGCCUCCGGUCCGUGAAGGCCCAGUGACACGCAGUGCAAGCAGAGCUGCUUCUCUCCACUCUCUGUCUGAUGCCUCAUCUGACUCCUUCAGCCACUCUCCAGAGUCUGUGGACACUAAGCUGAUGAACUUCAGUAACCUGCUGAUGAUGUACCAGGACCAGGGUGGCAGCCCGGACUCUAACGACGAUGACGGCUCCAAACUCUCCAUGUUGCCCCACCUGGCCGACCUGGUCAGCUACAGCAUCCAGAAGGUCAUUGGUUUCGCUAAGAUGAUCCCCGGUUUCAGGGAGCUGACGGCUGAGGACCAGAUCGCCCUGCUCAAGUCAAGCGCCAUCGAGGUGAUCAUGCUGCGCUCAAACCAGUCCUUCAACCUGGAGGAUAUGUCCUGGAGCUGUGGUGGGCCCGACUUCAAGUACUGCGUCAACGACGUCACUAAAGCGGGCCACACUCUGGAGCUGCUGGAGCCCCUGGUUAAAUUCCAGGUGGGCCUUAAGAAACUCAACCUCCACGAGGAGGAACAUGUGCUACUCAUGGCCAUCUGCCUCCUCUCCCCAGACCGUCCUGGCGUGCAGGACCACGGGCGCAUCGAGGCACUGCAGGACCGUCUGUCGGAGACGCUGCAGGCCUACAUCCGGCUGCACCACCCAGGCGGCCGCCUGGUGUACGCUAGGAUGAUCCAGAAGCUGGCGGACCUGCGCAGCCUGAACGAGGAGCACUCCAAGCAGUACCGCUCGCUGUCCUUCCAGCCAGAGCACAGCAUGCAGCUCACCCCGCUGGUGCUGGAGGUGUUCGGCAGCGAGUUCACUCGCGUUUCGCCCAUCUGAUACAACUGGGUAGUUGUAUGUAAGGAAUACCUCCACCUGGUUUCCGCCAUAUUCAGCUUACAGUGAACAAGGACAGAAGGGAGGGAGCAACUUCCUGGAAUGAAACGCUACGAGAGACUUAAUUGUGACCUCUGUAUAGAGGGGUCAUGAGUCGUAUGGUUUCGGUCGGAGAGUUGAUGCGUCUGCUCCUCUUGGUACAGUUGGCAUGGUCUUUGCCCUUACUAGAUGUUUAUCACUCUGUCCCCUAUCCAUCUCUCUUUCCUUCCUACCCUCUAUCAGCUACUAAGUUUUCUCCACUCUCAUAUCCCCCAACCCACCUUUUUAGAGUAAACUCUUCUGUAUAGAUCUUAUUUUCAGGAAAGGGCAGAAGUUCUGACAGGACAAAGAUCAGUAUCCAUUUAAUGCUGCUUUUAUCAAGAGCAUCACAGAUCGAUCAGUGUGUUGUUAUUCUUACUAACAUUGGCACGGUUGGGUAUCGCCCAGCAGAUAUAUGCUAACCAGGACAUGUGAGGCCACAGUGUCUGUCGUGUUAUGUCGUUUUUUAAAGCCAAGUAGUUUAGGUUGGUAUAAAGCUAUAGGAAGCUGGUUCUAGAAAAGCAAAUUCCUAUUUGAACAAUGUAGACUUGAGGAGGUUGAUGUCCAUUUAUUGACUUUGAUUAAACCACUUUAAUCUAUCAAUGAGGCGGCAAGUAUUGUGUAAUAUUAAUCACCAGCUACUCCACUUUCCAACUUGAAGGCACUUUUCUUCUUUUUUUUGACCAGACACUCUAAGUCUUUGAGCAUACUCCCUCUGGUGAACUGGAUGUGCACCAUUUGGUUGACAUUGCUCAGUCAGUACCACUUUAAGAUGCUACUAAUAUCUGUGAAUACAGUUUUUGAAUAGUUUUUGACAAUGUUUCGUACUAUCUUUCCAACUAACUGUCUCGAUUUUGACAGUUUGUAUUCAAACAGAACUUUAAAAAAUAAAAAUGUGUCCAGCAAAAGCAGUCAGAUUGAUAAUCAGUUGUCGUGCUAGCUAUUGGAGGCUAGCUAUUGGAGGCUAGCUAUUGGAGGCUAGCUAUUGGAGGCUAGCUAUUGGAGGUAUGUAGACCUCACUAGACAUCAAAUCGAUAUAAACUAAUGCAAAUAAGAGUACCAAAGUGACCUGCAUGCACAAAUAAUUCCUUUUUCACAAUGAAAAUGGGGGAAUUGGCUCCCAUGUACUCAUCACGCUACACUUUGGAGUACAGGGCAGGGAGUGAAAGGAGUUCAGAUUAGCUAGCUUUGUGUUACCUAUGUAUUAGCUAUAGAUAUUGACAGCCAGCAGACACUGUGGUCCCUCGGAGCCUGAGUUGAGUGCCUAUAUGAACCUUGUAACGACUGGAGAGUGUUUCGCAAAGCAAAAUUAGAAAGUUAGCAAACUAGCUUUUCCAAGUAUCUUUUCCAAGUAUCGUAAAACAACUCAAAUUUGUUCUUGAUUCUCAAGACAGCUAAUUUCAAAGAUUGGUCAAUAUUACUUCCUUACCUAUUAUUCUUGCAGCUAACUGCGAUUCUACUUUACCGAUCUUUGUGGGCAAGAAAAUCUAGUUGAAGAAGAAUUGUUAAACUAAAAUGUUAGAUUGUAAAGUGAAUAAUCCUGUUUUUAACACACUGCACCACUUCACAUGGAAAGCCAGAAACAACAGAAGCACUUAAGGUAUUGUUUGUAACACAAUGCAUACAUUUGGAUGAAUAUGCUCUACAUGAAUGCCUGUCCAUUUCAGCAUUAUAUGGCUGCAAUUAUCAAAGUCAUUCAUCUAAUUUCUUGCAAUGUAUAUUUGUGUUUUUAUUUCAUUUAAGAUAUUUUUUUCUUUCUAUUACAACAGACAUUAUAAAUGGGUGUUUAUGUAAUGUUAUUUUUGUCAGAUGUUUUGCAAAUCAAAUAAUAAACAACUGUGUAGUGUUGUGUGUCUGUUUGAUGUUUACUGUAUGCAUGACAUAUAUUUGAUGGAUUUAAUAUCAAUUAAACACCCAUGUUCAAUUGUUUCAACACACAGUG